AAACAAACAAGAAGAUCAGCUGGUCAUCAUGUCUCUGUGGAUGCUCCUUCCUGUCAGCCUGCCCGUCUUCACCAUCACAGGAAUAUGGGUCGUAUAUGCAAUGGCCCUUCACAACCAGCAUGUCUGCCCAGUGCACAACUGGUUGUACAACGCGUCCUGUGAGGAUCAGCUUUCUCUACAGGGAGGACCUGAGCUGUGCUGCACUCUGGACCAAAUUCCUCUCAUCAGUAAAUGUGGAACUCUCCCACCUGAAAGCUGCUUCUUCAGCCUCAUUUGCAGCACAGGAUCCUUCCUGGUGAUGCUGAUCAGCCUGCUGCGUUACGCUCACAUCAUCGAGAAGCACCAGAACUGCCUCAUGAACACAGCGAGCCUUUCGGUCGGCUGGAUCUGCGCGGCAGGUCUCAUCAUGGUGGGAAACUUCCAGGUGGAUUUUGCCAAAGUUCUCCACUACGUUGGAGCAGGAGUUGCCUUCCCGUCCAGCAUGAUGUUUGUCUGUCUUCAGUCGGCUCUCACCUACAGGCUGGCUAAAACCCAGGAGGAGUACCGGCUCGGCCACUUUCGGGUGGGGAUGGCGCUGGUGGCGCUGAUUGCCCUGGUGCUCAGUGGAGUUUUCUUCUGCCAGGAGAGCUUUGCCCUGCAGCACACCUCUGCCAUCUUUGAGUGGAUUUACUGCAUGAUCAUCAUGCUGUUCUACGGGACGUUUGCCUUUGAGUUUGGAGGCAUGUCAGCAGAAACCCUAAUGGUUCUCUCCAGAGGAGGGGGGCUGAACAGCUUUACCCCAACUGAGGAGAAAAAGGAGGUUUGCAGAGGGACUGUCCACCUCCAAGCAGACAGCUUAACCAUUCUGUAGUUGGAAGACUUUUGGUCUCACUGGAAUUUACAGAAGAAUCUGGACCAACCUGAAGUCUCAAAGCCAGUCGGCUGCUUCAACACCAGAGCUAUUCUCCUCAGAUGUGAUAGAAGAUUCAGACAUCUGCUCAGUUUGUAAACCUGCAGGCUACAGAGUAUCUUCCUGAUCAGAGGCACCAGCUCCAUGUGGACUAUUUGUUUGAUUAGACUUUAUGUAACAGCCACCUUCUGAAGCCUUUUGUUCAGAAACACCCUAAAAAGGGCCUCAGAUGUUGACCCACCCCCACUGGGACAAGUUCUCCAGCGCCAGAGUUUAGACGCUCAGACACAAGGACUGGAAUUGUUUUAACUCAGGAUGUUUUGUUACAUCACCAGUUUUCACCAUUAUCAGUGAUGAGGGGGAGUCCUCACACAAUAGGUGGGCAUAGUUUGUGCCAAGAAUAAUUUUCUUUCAUGCGAAGUGUUUUUAUGUAUCCAUCUUUCAUGUAUUUUAAAUAUGCACAGAAGCAUCACACCCAGGUACCUGCCUCAAAGCUUAGCUAUGCGAAUAUGUUCAUCUCAUCAGCUGUUUAAAGUCCGAUCGGGACGAGUUAUGACGCCGUCUGAUCCUGCACAGUUAGACUGUAAUUGUCAUGCAAAUGAAAAUAAAAUGAAGGAAGCAAAAAUACUGGUUCACAUGCACUGAUAGUUUAAAACCCACUUAGUCUGUAUUGAUUUUUAAACUGGCUGAUCAGACACAGGUCCAGUGAGCUGCUGCCCCCUUCUGUCCACACACGUCUGUAUCUGGAAGAAUGUCCUAACCUGUAGGUUUCUGCAUCUGAGAAAAGAAAAUUAUUUAAACUAAAGUCUAAUUUAAACCAAAACAAUGAUGAGAUAAGUUUAAAAAAAAACAUACUUAAAUAUUUUCAAAGCAUUGUAAAAGCAUUUAAAGGAGACCUAGAAUGCAGUUAAUCAGUAAUCAAAAACUGAUUUUUGAGUGUCAUGACUCCCAUCCUUCACCCUCCUCUGCCUCCUUAUUUAACCUUCAUUCAGCUCACCUGUUCCCUUCACCGAGCUCCUGACAAGCCCUGUUUCCCCUGGCAACCACAAUCAACUCCAUUCUUCUCACCUGCUCCUGUCAUCAGCUUCAUCCACUUCACCUGCUCCUGACUCCUCAGCUCAUCUCACACACCUGCUUCCCCUGCUAUAUAAGAACCAUCCAGCUAUCCAGUCUCUGCCAGAUUAUUGAAAGCUUCGUGCCAGUAAAUCUUCCAGCCAUUCACCCUGCCUGGUCUCAGCCUCCGGACCUUGUUUUUCUCCCGACCCCUGCCUUGUACUCUGCCUGCCACCACGACCUUCACCUGUCCUCUACCACGUCUCCUGCCUGUUCCCUGUUUCUGCAUGUCCGAUCUGGUUUUGACCCUCGCCUCCUCUUUGACUCUGUCUCCAGCCUCGCCCACCUCUGGUAACUCCACAAAAAAUAAAAGACUUUUUUUUUAAUAUACUUUUACUGUGUUUGGGGUCAUUAUGGGUCUUCUGAGUUCUGUUCGUGACAUUGAGCCUCUAUAAAGCACAUAACAUUUUGUUGGAGCUUAAAAUUUCCCAGGAGCCCUGAGUCAUGGCCAACUAAAACAUGCAUAUAGAGCUCCGGGAGUUGACGUCACUUCUCCCGGCAUGCAACAGUUCAAAUCGAAACGGCGCCAUAUUGGCAGGCAGAAGCCCGCAGCUGAACCAUUUGUUAUUGUCAGAAAACUCAAUCAAACGGGAAAUAUGGUAGAUUCCUGUUGUGCCCCAGGAUGCAGAACAGACGCGGACGAGAUAAGGAAUGAGCCUUCUACAGGAUUCCCCAAGAUCCGGAGCGCCGCAAACGUUGGAUCAUUGUAAUAAAACGCGCUAGUGACCGGGCUGAAAUGAAACUGUGGGAUCCAGAGAGUAAAGGUUUUCACUUAUGCAGCGACCACUUCAUAUCAGGUACUUAAACCAACGUUUUCUCAACUGUGUAUGGUGUUUAUUUUAAAUGCUUUUAUUACGAUUCUUAGUGGGCUUCCUAAACUUAUUUUGGCGUGGCUUUUUCUGUCUUAUUACUCAUAGCAACAAGUAAACAUCACAUAAAACGUUGCCUCGUGCCGUUUACGUGUUUUAUGAUCACAGCAGUUAACUGGCUAAGAUUUAUUUCAUUUUUAAGCAAUGGUUGAUCAAUUAUCAGAUCACACAUAAAAAUCACUUUGGAUUGCUAUUAUAUUAGGGAAUAUCCAGGCUUUUAAGAAUAGGCUCAAGACCCACCUUUUCAGCUUAGCUUUUAACUGAUCACUAUUUAUCUAUAAAUACAUAUUUAUCUCUUUUAUUAUUUUUAUCAUUUUAUCUACAUCUUAGUGUUUUUUACAUGAUUAUGUUUUCUUUUACUAUCUUUAUAAUCACUUUUUAUCAGUUACUUUUUAUCAUUAUUAGCUUUUAUUAUUUUAUAUGUUAUAUAUCUUAAAUCCUCCAGUGUUUCCUCUGCGGAGCCCUCUGCCUUGGGGCCAGUGGUCAGGGGCGGCGGCGGCCGGGGCGCUCCCCGGGUAGUGCCCGGGCACUGGUGGGGGUUUCUGCCCUACGCCACUGGGCGUCAUGGGCCGGUGUCUUGGCUGCUGCCGUGGAUCUGUUGCUGCCCGGGCAGAUGGCUCCGCUGAUGAUGUGUCGUUCAUUACCUGACCCAUCUGAACUCAGCCUAUUGUUUACUCUGGUGUUCACGAGUGUGUGUGUGUGUGUGUGUGUGUGUGUGUGUGCGUGUGUGUGUGUGUGCGUGUGCAUGGACGAGUGUGCGGGUGAUUGUAUGUCCACUUUUGGAAGUUGGGUGCGGGAGGGGAACUGUAAUUUUUAAUUGUUUUAUACUUGGGGAGGGGGACUGGGAUGGGAAUGUGGGAUCUAUGGGGCCAUUUUAAUCUGUAAAGCACUUUGAGUUGCAUUUUUUGUAUGAAAAGUGCUAUAUAAAUAAAGUUGAUUUUGAUUUGAUUUGAUCUGUCUCACCGAGACAGAUCUCAGACAGAUCCUGACACGCUCCUGCCUGACAUAUUUAUUUUAUUCACGGAAAAAAAUCAGACUAGUGAUUUCUCUUGGCGUUCAGUUUAUACAUUCAAACAGCACAUCACUCUAUUUAAACUACUUACAUGUAAAUCUGUUAUUUGUCCAUCCAUCCAUCCAUUUUCAUCCGCUUAUCCGGAGUCGGGUUGUGGGGGCAGUAGCGUCGAGAGGCCCAGACUUCCCUCUCCCCAGCCACUUGGGCCAGCUCCUCCGU